CUCUCCCUCUCUCAUCGUCUGUUAACGAUCUUCUUCUCUUUUACCUCUUCACUUCAUCAUCAUUUUUCAUACACUUGUCUUCACUACUUGUAACAAAAGCUUCAGUUUUUACUUUUUAAGCUUUAGUUUCCAAUUAUUGGUAUCCAUCCUCCAAAAAUGGCCGGGGCACCCAUAUUCGACUCCACCCUGGUAAACCACUACUCGCUCUCUGUUUCACCAUUUCCUUCCAAAUUCAUCUUCAAUUACAGAAAAAAAUGCCCCCCAAUUCCCCAUGUGGGUUCCGACUUCUUCGGUGGGAAUUCCCUUAGAGUGGCUGGAAUUGGAGCGAAGACACCCAGGUUGGGAAGUAGGAGGCGGCGGAGGAUGGGUGUUUCAGCUUCACUAGGGGGUCUUUUGGGUGGGAUUUUUAAAGGGAAUGAUACGGGAGAGUCCACUAGGCAGCAGUAUGCUGGGGUUGUUACGGCUAUUAAUAGAUUGGAACCGACCAUGGCUGCAUUGUCUGAUACUGAGCUCAGAGAAAAGACUUUUGCUUUGAAGGAACGUGCUUCUCAAGGCGAAUCUUUGGACUCUCUUUUGCCUGAGGCGUUUGCUGUUGUAAGAGAAGCCUCCAAGAGGGUCCUUGGACUUCGUCCCUUUGAUGUCCAACUGAUAGGUGGCAUGGUUCUUCACAAGGGAGAAAUAGCUGAAAUGAGGACCGGAGAAGGAAAAACCCUUGUUGCCAUCUUACCAGCUUAUUUGAAUGCAUUAAGUGGAAAAGGAGUUCAUGUGGUUACUGUCAAUGAUUAUCUUGCCAGACGAGAUUGUGAAUGGGUUGGUCAAGUUCCUCGCUUUCUUGGGUUGAAGGUUGGCCUAAUUCAACAGAACAUGACAAGUGAACAGAGAAGGGAAAACUACUUGUGUGACAUUACUUACGUCACCAACAGUGAGCUAGGUUUUGACUACUUGAGAGACAAUCUUGCCACGAGUGUUGAGGAGCUUGUUUUGAGGGAUUUCAAUUAUUGUGUCAUAGAUGAGGUUGAUUCUAUUCUUAUUGAUGAAGCAAGAACACCACUGAUUAUAUCUGGGACUGCCGAAAAACCUAGUGAUGCAUACUAUAAAGCAGCAAAAAUAGCUGCGGCCUUUGAGCGAGAUAUACAUUAUACUGUGGAUGAGAAGCAGAAAACUGUUUUACUUACAGAACAGGGUUAUGAAGAUGCUGAAGAAAUUCUGGAUGUAAAAGAUUUGUAUGAUCCACGUGAACAAUGGGCAUCAUAUCUUUUGAAUGCUAUUAAAGCAAAGGAAUUAUUUCUUAAAGAUGUAAAUUAUAUCAUCCGUGGCAAGGAGGUGCUUAUCGUAGACGAGUUUACUGGUCGAGUUAUGCAGGGGAGGAGAUGGAGUGAUGGACUUCACCAAGCAGUUGAAGCCAAAGAGGGCUUACCUAUUCAAAAUGAAACUAUAACUCUGGCAUCAAUCAGUUACCAAAACUUUUUUCUUCAGUUUCCAAAACUUUGUGGAAUGACUGGCACUGCUGCAACUGAAAGCACAGAAUUUGAGAGCAUAUACAAGCUUAAAGUUACUAUUGUCCCCACAAAUAAGCCCAUGAUAAGAAAGGAUGAGUCGGAUGUAGUUUUCAGGGCAACUAAUGGAAAAUGGCAGGCAGUUGUUGUAGAAAUUUCUAGAAUGAACAAGACAGGCCGUCCGGUACUUGUUGGCACAACAAGUGUUGAGCAAAGUGAUUCAUUGUCAAUGCAAUUGCAAGAAGCAGGAAUCCCCCAUGAGGUUCUCAACGCAAAACCAGAGAAUGUGGAGAGAGAAGCAGAGAUUGUAGCGCAGAGUGGUCGUCUAGGGGCAGUGACUAUUGCUACCAAUAUGGCAGGCCGAGGAACAGACAUCAUCCUUGGUGGCAAUGCGGAAUUUAUAGCCAGGCUGAAGCUACGUGAGAUGCUAAUGCCAAGAGUCGUCCAACCAGCUGGAGGAGUCUUUGUAUCAGUGAAGAAACCUCCUCCAAUGAAGACAUGGAAGGUGAAUGAGAAGUUAUUCCCAUGCAAGCUAUCCAGCAAAAACACCAAGUUAGCAGAGGAAGCUGUAGAGUUAGCUGUCAACACUUGGGGCAAGAAAUCUUUAAGUGAGCUAGAAGCUGAAGAGCUGCUGUCUUAUUCUUGUGAAAAGGGCCCUGCUCAGGAUGAAGUUAUAGCCAAGCUGCGAAGUGCAUUUUUAGAAAUUGUAAAGGAAUAUAAGGCCUACACUGAGGAAGAGAGGAAGCAGGUUGUGGCAGCUGGUGGGCUUCAUGUGGUGGGGACAGAACGUCAUGAGUCACGACGAAUAGAUAAUCAGCUCCGUGGAAGAAGUGGCAGGCAAGGGGACCCUGGAAGUUCUCGCUUUUUUCUAAGUCUUGAAGAUAACAUCUUUCGAAUUUUCGGAGGGGAUAGAAUUCAGGGUUUGAUGAGAGCUUUCAGAGUUGAAGACCUACCAAUUGAAUCCAAGAUGUUGACUAAAGCACUUGAUGAAGCUCAGCGGAAAGUGGAAAACUACUUUUUUGACAUUCGUAAACAGUUGUUUGAGUAUGACGAGGUCUUAAACAGUCAACGAGAUCGUGUCUAUACAGAAAGAAGACGAGCUCUCAUGUCAGACAAUCUCCAAUCUCUUAUUAUUGAAUAUGCUGAAUUGACAAUGGAUGACAUCUUAGAGGCAAAUAUUGGUUCAGAUGCUCCAAAGGAAAGCUGGGAUCUUGAAAAGCUCAUUGCAAAAGUUCAACAGUACUGCUACCUGUUGAAUGAUUUGACCCCAGAUUUAUUGAGUAGUGAGUGUUCGAGUUAUGAGGAUUUACAGGAUUAUCUCCGUCGUCAUGGUCGGGAAGCAUAUUUGCAGAAAAGGGAUAUGGUGGAGAAGCAAGCAGAAGGUUUGAUGAAAGAAGCCGAAAGAUUUUUUAUCUUGAGCAAUAUCGAUCGCUUGUGGAAAGAACAUUUGCAAGCCCUUAAGUUUGUACAACAAGCUGUAGGCUUACGUGGAUACGCGCAACGUGACCCACUAAUUGAGUAUAAGCUUGAAGGAUAUAACCUCUUCUUGGAUAUGAUGGAACAGAUCAGACGGAACGUAAUUUAUUCAAUAUAUCAGUUCCAACCAGUGAUGGUAAAGAAGGAUAAGGAAGAUGAGUCGGACAAAAUUGUUACAAAUGGUAGAAGCAGGAACCAGAAACCUGAUGCAGUUGGCGCAGACGGUCCCAUCAAGAAUGCUGUUGUCCGCGGCGUUGUUCUUAGGCUGCUUGCUAUUAUCCAGAGUUCGGCAUUGAUGAAAAGCCUGAAUGAAAUAAUUACUUCCGAGUGA